CUGUGAACAGAAUACAAGCCAGUCACAGCCAGGCGUCGACCUGUGGCGGGUGAAAGAGUCCCUGUACUUAGGGACGUAGGCGACUCGGGUUUCAGCUACUCCUGCCUGCAGCCCUCGGUGGGGCACAAUCUGUGCCCCGCAGGCUACGCCCCGCAUCUCCUCAUUGGCUUCUUCAGGCACGUGGUAGGGUGGUCCCGCCUCCGGGUGGCCUGAGAGGCGGCACGCAAAGCCGCAUGGACAGCUUGGCGCCGGGCCGAUGGAGACGACGAAGGAUCGAGGAGCCGCCGGCCGCAGGGGACUCGAAACGUGCAUGCAGGAGGUCAGAAGCUGGUGGCCAUGAGUACAGCAGCCACAUGGUAAGCACCUGUGCCCUGCUGUCCUGGAGCACAGACGACCAGGAGCCACGGCCACGAGGCCCGCCUGCACCGCGACCAGAGUGUGGCCAGGAGAGGCCGAGCUCAGUGAGUCUGCAGAACGGCGGAAGGAGCUCAGCCCAGCCUUGCCUGAGAUGUAUUGCGGGGGAGUCUGGCCAUUUUAACCAUACCGUGAAUCAUUAGAAGAUGCAAACGGGAAGAAGGAAGAUUCCAGUUGGGUUUGAACCCCCAUGUGACAGCCAGUGCAGAUCCCUUCCAGCUGACCUGGGUGCCCACCUGACGGCCAGUGCAGAUUCCUUCCAGCUGACCUGGGUGUCCACCUGACGGCCAGUGCAGAUCCCUUCCAGCUGACCUGGGUGCCCACCUGACGGCCAGUGCAGAUUCCUUCCAGCUGACCUGGGUGUCCACCUGACGGCCAGUGCAGAUCCCUUCCAGCUGACCUGGGUGCCCACCUGACGGCCAGUGCAGAUUCCUUCCAGCUGACCUGGGUGUCCACCUGACGGCCAGUGCAGAUCCCUUCCAGCUGACCUGGGUGCCCACCUGAUGGCCAGUGCAGAUCCCUUCCAGCUGACCUGGGUGCCCACCUGAUGGCCAGUGCAGAUCCCUUCCAGCUGACCUGGGUGCCCGCUUGUUCAGAUGACAGCCAGGGCUUCCUACAGGGGUUGUUUGCCUCUCAGGCAAUCCCACUCCCUCUGCAGAAGGCCAGGAACAUCCAGAGUGUGGUGACUCAUUGCAGCCUCUUUUCUAACAUGUUCUGCUGAAGAGGAAAUCAUCUAGAAGUCAACCAAUUCCAUAUCAAGAUGCCCAGGGGUUUUGGAGCCUUAUAACUCUUGUAAUCAUAAGGCACAGCUGGAGAUCUCGCUGCCUUUGGACUUUGGGGCUGUUCUGGACAUAACCGGGGCUGUUCACGUGCUCUUUUUAAUUAAAAAACUUAUUUUUAUAUUUAAAAUGCUCUAUAAUCUUGAAGUGAAUUUUGCUAAUUGUUAAUAUCCCAUCAAGCCAUGUAAUUCUCCAACUUUAGUUAUGAGGGACAGAACCCCAUUGAUAUUAAAAUGGAAUU